AUGUCGAGACGCGCGCCCAACCCCGCCGCCGAGCGGGCGGCGCAGAACCAGGCGACGAUCAAGAACCUGCUGAAGCUCGAGGCCAACAAGAUUUGCUCCGACUGCAAGAAGAACAAGCACCCGCGAUGGGCGAGCUGGAACCUCGGCGUCUUCGUCUGCAUCCGCUGCUCCGGCAUCCACCGCGGCAUGGGCACGCACAUCUCCCGCGUCAAGUCGGUCGACCUCGACUCGUGGACGGACGAGCAGCUGCAGAGCGUGCUGCGCUGGGGCAACGCGCGCGCCAACAAGUACUGGGAGGCCAAGCUGGCCGCCGGCCACGCGCCCUCCGAGGCCAAGAUUGAAAACUUUAUCCGCACAAAGUACGAGCUCAAGCGCUGGGUCAUGGACGGGCCCAUGCCGGACCCGGCCACGCUCGACGCCGACGGCGACGACGACGUCCCGCUCAGCAUCGUCAAGGAGAAGCAGGUCGUCGAGAAGAACGUGACGGCGCGCAACGCCUCGGCCGGCCAGCAGUCGGCCGCGCGGUCGUCGUCGGCCUCGGUGGGCGACUUGCUGGGUGGCGCGGAUGCUGGUCCUGCUGCUCCUGGUCCUCCUCGCGCCGCGCCGGCGGCCAAGGCUGCGCCGGCACCGCCCAAGACGACGACGACAAAGGAUUCGCUGCUGGGGCUUGAUUUCCUGGGCGAGAGCUCGGCGCCGCCGCGUCCGUCCAGCACGCCGGCCGCGCAGGCUCAGUCACGGCCGGACUUGAAGCAGUCCAUCCUAUCGCUGUACGCCACCGCCCCGAAGCCACCGCCGCCGCAGCAGCAACAGCAGCAGAACAGCCAGCAGGGCGGCUGGGGCUCGCCGCCGAUGGGCCAUCAUCAGCAGCAGAAGCCGUCGCAGGGCGGCUUCUCUGACGCCUUUGGCGGCCUGAGCCUCUCGAACCCUACGAGCCCGAAGCCGCCGGCCGCCGACCCAUUUGCUAGCCUGGGCGGCGGCAUGGGCAGCCGCAGCUCGCAGCACGUCCCCAACAAUAGCAGUAGCAACAACUUUGGCGGGUUGAGCGGCGGCAGCUUCUUCGACAGCAAGCCCGCGCCGCCGCUCGCCACCAACCACAGCGGCAGCAUCAAGAAUAACAACCAAUUCGCAGCAUCGUCCAGCGGCGGCUUCGGCGACUUUGCCAGCCCCAUGGCAUCGCCCCCCGCCCCUUCGAAGCCCGCGCAAACCUCUUCAUCCUCUGCCAUGGCCGAUCUCUUCGACUUUUCGGCGCCCGUGUCGCAGUCAUCGCCACCUCCCGUCUCUCCCCCAGCCCAGCAGCAACCUGCAUCCACAAACUCCGUCUUUAACCUCUCGGCACCGCAGAGCAAGCCCGUCACCAGCCCAGCGGCUGCACCGGCUCCCAUCACCAGCAGCAAUACCGGCGGCUUCAGCAGCUCUGGCCUGUCUGGCAUGGACGCCUGGGGUGGCAACGAAUGGGCCACGCCUGCGGCCGCGAGCCCGCCACCACCCGCCGCCGCCGCCCAGCCUGCGGCGGCCAUCAGCAAGCCCGCGGUCAGCAACGACAUGGGCUGGGGCAGCAGCUCGAGCAGCGCCUUUGCCAACACGCCCAUUGUGCCCGGUGCCGGUGGCGGCUUCAACCCCGCGCCCAAGGUGGCGGCCGACGAGGAAUUCGGCGGCUGGUCGAGCAGCACCGGCAUGGGUGGCCAGACCACAACGACGACGGCUUCGGCGUCGACGGGGUCCAAGGGCUUCGGCGGCGACGAUGAUCUCUUCUCCAACGUUUGGCAGUAG